AUGCUGCAGCCACCCACUACCGGUCGAACCACCAGACGGACUCCAGCAACCAGCGCUCGACUUCGGACUCAAAGGGUACCUCUAAUUCGUCGGGAUAUCGUUUGGAAGUCUUUACAGCAUUCCGAGAUUCCUUUUAAACGAUGGCUAGAUCGGAGCUGUCCUUCAUUAGCCAACAUUGCGUUUCUACUUAGGGUAUUGGGAUCCUGCAUAGAUCGAGCAGAUGUAAAAGAUAAACUGGAACAAUGCAUUAUUGAACAUCUCCCGCAGGGUACCUACAUUGUGUCUAUUCCCCAAGGUAACUCGGAACGCGUUCACCAAUUAAAUAAUUCUGCUGCAGUCAUUAGAGCUGACCCUUCUUGGGGUUGUUUUGGUAGCGAUCUUCUCAAGGAAAAGGAUUCUAAUUAUGACAGGGCCAUAUUACAAACAGUGGAAGAGGUCACUGCUGAUUCUAUCGUUUGUUCGUCAGCAAAAUAUCGGCGAAUACAUUUAGCCAAAGGCAGCUUCGCUGUAACUCACGUAGAGGAAACUCGGCCAGAGGAUGAGAAGGAUUACUCAGUAACGCAGCAGUCCGAAACUGUUGGCAGCAGCAGAAAUCUAAGGAAGCUGCAUGAUAAUAUUUAUCGAUAUUGCCAUGAGAGAUUCCCUAGUAACAAGACUACGUGCGACGAAUGUUUGCAAACCAAUGAGGGAUAUUGGGGGCUGGUUUACUCCUCGUUGAUGACAAGCAAAAUGCCCACUUAUAAAGCACAUACUUGGAGUACAAAAAUACAUUUGCACAACCUACUACCGGACACAAACUUCGACAACUACCUGGCAGACGCUGCUUGCAACAUCAAAAUCAAGUCCAACUCACCCGAAGCAGAUUUUGCUUAUGCUAUCGACGUCGAUCUUAAUUUUUCCACCACCCAAAUCCCCCUUAGCCACAUCGUUCCCUGGGUCUGUGGCCUCGAGAACAAUAUCCAACAAGACCUGACAGAAUUCAUCCUGGCCUGGACCUUCAUCGAACACCAACCAUACGCUCGGGCCGUUUACCCCAACACACUACCUGAUGUGGUUGAACUCGCAGCAGAGCUCAGAGCAAGCCUUUCAGCGAAUAAGUGA